GUUUGGAGGUACAAGAUGACCCGGGAAAAAAAAAAAAAAAACAGAAAAACGGUGAAUGAUAUGUUAUUUAUGUUAGAAAGCGGUUUAGUUGCCGAUUGAUUAAAAAAAAAAAAACAAAAAAAAAACAUAGAAUUCAUGAACAAUCAAUUGGCCAAGAUUACUCUUAUUUUUUAGCUUUCCUUAUGGGGAUCAAACAAGAUUUUUGACUUUCUAAUCGUCUCUGAUUUUUCUGGCAAUCUAGUAAUUUCGGUGGGAAUUUUAUAUUUUCAAGGCCUGCGAGGAGAUAUUCGAAUAGUUUCGAGAGUGUUGAAGUAAUGGAUAAGUUGAAAUUAGCUCAAUUGGGAGAGCGGUUGAAAACCGGUGGAGCUCAAAUGGGUCGAAUGGUGAGCGGAAAAAUGAAGGAAAUUCUACAAACCCCAACUCCUGAAUCGAAGAUGGUUGAUGAGGCCACUUUGGAGACCUUGGAGGAGCCCAACUGGGGGAUGAAUCUGAGGAUAUGCGCAAUGAUCAAUAGUGAAGAGUUUAGUGGGUCGGAGAUUGUUAGAGCCAUAAAGAAGAAGAUUUCAGGAAAGAAUGUUGUCAGCCAGAGGCUUGGUCUAGACUUGUUGGAGGCUUGUACUUCCAACUGUGAGAAGGUGUUCUCUGAGGUUGCAUCAGAGAAGGUGUUGGAAGAGAUGGUGAGAAUGAUUGAUAAUCCUACAACUGAUCAUGGAAAUGCAGAAAGGGCUAUGCAGUUGAUAAGGGCCUGGGGAGAGUCUGAGGAUCUUGCUUAUCUGCCUGUGUUUCGUCAAACUUACAUGAGCUUGAAAGGAAGGAAUUCCUUAUUAGAAGAUAGGGAUUCCCCGCCUGUGCACUAUAACCUGGAAUCAUAUGUUGAACAGCCGCUUUCUCCCCCUGGAAGCUACCCAAUACCUGAAGUGGGAUUGCAUAAUGUGGAUCGGAGUGCCACCUCCUUUGAUCUUCAAAUUCAAUCAGAUGAAGAGAAAAAAGAAUUUCUUGUGAUAACUCGCAAUAGUCUUGAACUGUUGACUAGUAUUUUGAAUACUGAAACAGAGCCAAAACCUUUGAAGGAAGAUCUAACGGUGAGCAUGCUGGAAAAGUGCAAGCAGUCUCAGCCUGUCAUUAAGAGGAUAAUUGAAAGAACCACUGAUGAUGAAGGGUUGCUCUUUGAAGCUCUGUAUCUUCAUGAUGAGCUUCAACAAGUCGUUUCCAAGUAUGAGAAGUUGGAAGCUUCUCAAACUUCAGAAAGACAACCACUUGAAAAUUCUGAGUCUACCAAAUAUGAGGGGUUGAGAGAUGCACAACAGCCUCAAGAAAAAAUUCCUCAAAACUUUGAUGCACACUACAAGGAAUUAGAAGAUGCCAUAAAAUCCGAUCAGAAACUGCCGGAGAAGUCCGCUCCAUUCGAAGCCAGUUCACCUUCUCAGGUAGCAACUCAUGAUGAAACCAAAAUAGUGAAUUCUCAAAAUGCUGAGAGUUCCAACUCCAGCAGUGAGAAUAAGAAUGAAUGACAUAAUUGGGCAUGGCUUAGUAAAUAGUAAUUUUCCUUGUCUUUGUGCUUUGCCCAUGCACAGGACUUCUUUUUUUAUUUUUAUUUUAAUUGAUCCAUGGCCUAUGCUGAUGCCUGAUGACUGAUGACAAUGGCUUCAUAUUAUGAGACCAUUGUGGUUGAUUAGUCGUUUAGUUUAAUCUUGUUAUGUUUGCUGUAAUUAAUAUUUCUGUGAACAAAAUAGCAUGUCUGCCUUUAAGGAUGUGACAUCUUUGGUGGAUAGUACUGAUUUUCUAUUUUAUAAAUAAAUUAUUUUAGUAUUUUAUUA